GUGUGUCGAGCUCCUCGAGAGACACCAUGGAGUACUGCCGGGCCGGGAGGCCCUACAGAUUCUUGGGGUGCUUGGGCGCGCUGCCGAGAUAGCCGCCUUAACGCUGGGGGAGCGGCGGCUGGGUCUGGCAGCCAAGCAUGCAGCCCAGCGGCUGCAG